UCUGGAAGUCGCGGGUUCGAUUCUCUUCCAGAGAGCCGAACUCGCGACUUUCCUCGAAAGUAACUUUAUAAGCUAUAGUUGAACCUUCAAUAAUGGGCGCAUCUCGAUGACGGUUACCUCUAAACUGCGGCCAAUUUUUACGUUUCCGUCAGUGGCCGUUGUUAAACGUUUCCAAAACGGAAUGUCAUCGCAUCGACAGGAAAUAUGGAAGGGGCGUUAAUUCGAAAAUUAUUUAUAUUUCUCUUCUUUCUUGGAUCAUUCGGAAUAUCUUAUAGACUCAAGCAACGUUUGCCUUCGUGGAAAUUCACUUCCACAGAAAACAGCAACCUCGUCACCUCAGAAACUAAAGCCAAGGAAAUUUUAAUACGUUACGGAUAUCUCAGAUGCAACUCUAAAAAAUCCAAAAUGGCCGCCAGCAAUGGUAAUUCUAAUAAAUUCUGUAGCAAGAGGCAAACUCGAGAUGCCAUCAAACGUUAUCAGCAAGUAUAUGGAAUGCCAUUAACGGGACGUUUAGACGAAGAAACUUUGAAGCACAUGAGCAUGUCCAGGUGUGGAAAUUCUGAUAAUUUUGCCGAGUUGGGGCAUCGCAGAAGACACAAUAAACGUCAUCCUAAUAGUGUUUUACCCAUUUAUUAUCGACGAUCCAAGCGUCACGUGAUGAAUAACUCAAAGACGAAAGACGAUCCCGAUACUCUUGGCAAAGGGAUGGUUCCUAUAAGAAAGUCCUGGAUGAAGGAAUAUAUUAAGAAAUUAGAAAUGGGAAAAUUGGGCAAUUGUACUUCAAACGAAGUGCAACGUGCUUUGAUACAAAAACGAAGAAGAAAGAGGUCGACGGGUAAAGAAAGAAAACAGCAUCAAUAUUUAGUCGAGGAAAUGGUAACGUGGAGACUGGCAAGUUCCGCUUAUAGUGGACAGAUGAGUAUAAACGUGCAGAGAGCGGCUUUUGCCCUGGCUUUCAGGAUGUGGUCCGAAGUCAUCCCUCUGAUAUUUUGGGAGGAUACGAAAUCGCCCGUUGAAGACGUCGAUAUCCUUUUGGCUUUCGGAAGAGGGGAACACUUAAAUUGUCCGAAUCGUUUCGACGGAUACGGAGGACAAUUGUCACACGCCAUUAACAUGGCCCACAAUUCGGAAAUACACGUAGACGACGACGAAUUCUUCACCAUCGGCUCCGAACAGGGUACCAAUUUGGUGAAGGUAGCAAUCCACGAAGUGGGACACACUCUGGGAUUGUUUCACACGUCGCACCAGAAAUCCAUUAUGCACGCCGUCUACUCUAAAAUAAUCCCCACCAACAACUUCGAACUGGAAUGGGAAGACAGGAAAACUAUACAACGUCUGUACGGGGUGUGCAAAGGUCGUUUCGACGCAGUGUUCGAUUGGGUCAGAAGUAAACCAGACGGACAGUUCAUAUACAACACGUACUUCUUUCGAAAGAACAAAUAUUGGAUGUACGAAAACAGGCAUAAUCGCACCCGUUACGGCGAUCCCCAUAACAUAGAAGUGGAAUGGAAAGGUUUACCUUCGUCUGGUAUCGACGGUUACGCUCACGUCUGGACAUACUCUCAGAAUAAAGCUUAUUUUUUCAAAGGUUCUCACUAUUGGCUUUACGACAGCGACAGAGGUCAAGUAGUGGCGGGUUAUCCAAGAAACAUAUCCGAAGAUUUUAGAGCCGUUCCCGGAUCCAAAUUCCCGAACAUCCCGGAUCACAUAGAUACCGUAUAUUUCGAUCGAAGAGACGAAAAUUUGUAUUUCUUUAAGGGCAAUUUGGUCUACGGCUAUGACGUAAGUCGUGGGAAAGAAGGAUGCUGUCUUCCCGGUUAUCCACGAUUUAUCAAGAAAGAAUUUCCCAGUCUCGUGCCCAAAUCUCACCCUCCGUCUCACUUGGACGGCGCUUACUUUUCUUAUACGGAUCGGACUCUGUAUUUCUUCAAAGGAAAUCGAUUCUGGAAGAACGUUAAAUUCAAUAUAAAUGACAAAAAUCGAGUGAACAGAAUAAACGGUCCUUGGGAGAUAUCGUCUCAUUGGCACGAUAUUUGCGAAGUGGAUUUAUGAACCUCCAUAUCUAACGACACUUGUUUCGUCUCUAAUAAAAUUUCUUACGUUUGUUGGAAUCGUUUAUUAUCCGUUACUUCUUACCGUUAAAUUAACACGAAACGAGCGAAAUUUACAUAAGACCUUUAAAUCUUGACCUUGGGUGCAUCUAAGUAAGUCACUGGCUCGUUUAUUUAUAUGCUGGAUGUAAUCCAUCUGGACACCUGGACUUAACCCUUGAUUAAAAAGAUAAUUUCAUUUCAUUCGAUUGGAUAAAGCCAAUUUACAAUAUAAAUUGCUUUAAAUAGCCACGCGGUAUAGUCUCGGUUUAUCGCAGUGACAUAAUUUAUAUUUAUAGAAAUUAUCAUGAUUAGUAAUGGUCGGGGUGUCGUUAGAUCCUACAGUGAGUCGAGUCCAACCAUUAAUUAAUUGUCUAUACUGUGUUGAUGCUUUCCA